AGGCCUUAAACAUCUGCAAGAUACAACCCACCCGAAGAGGAUGCCGUGCCGGAGUAAAAACCAAAGGUCAACACAUUCCAGUGAUCGCCCGUCCCAGACAACACCAUGGUGAAAACACGGUCAGAAGGACCGCAUCCAAUCUGCCUGGUAGCUUUGGCUUUCUCGGCUUCAAUUGGAAUACUUCUCGUGGUCCUGUCAUGUGCUCUGCCAACAUGGAGUCAGCAGUGGUGGCCAAUGUUUGUGGUAACAUUUUAUGUGCUGUCUCCUGUGCCUAUGCUUGUGGGGAAUCGUAUAUCCAAUAUUGACAGCUUAGGAGCAGCAAGUAGUGCUCUACGUGAACUGUGCAUUUUCCUUACUACUGGUAUUGUGGUUUCUGCAUAUGGACUACCGUUAGUGUUUGCUCACACCGGUGUGAUUGAACUUGGACCUGCUCUUCUUGUCUUGGCCGGAAAUACGUGGUGUUUUGUGACAAUUUUGAUGUUUUUCAUCAUCUUCAACCGCAAUGAUGAUUUUGAGUUUCAGGUUUGGUGAACAGGCCUGUUUUGCAAAGGACACGUCGCCAGGGGAAGUAAGGGGUGUUGACAAUCAAUUUUUUUGGAACUUAGCUUUGAAUUAUGGCACAUUUUGCCGACAGACACACGUUUUUGCUUUCCCGAACCCGCUUCUCCCCCCCCCCCCAAAAAAAAUGUUGUCACAACCCUCCACCCCAGGCCCCCCCCCCCGUUACAUCUGUGCCUGUUUUGUAUUAAUUUCAUUCGUGUCAAUUUUAAUUUUGUGUCAAUCGUAUUUUGAUUCAGAAUCAUUAGGGAUUCAAACUUCAAUGUACAUGUAUAAUCAUUAAAAAAAAAUAUAUUUUUUUUGUAUUAGUUCAUGCAUGACAACAUUAUGCGCGUGUGUGGGAUAGAUCUCGUUAAAAAAAAAAUGGAUAGGGUUGUAAAAUAUGGUGGAAAAUCCGGUUACGUGAGGAACUAGGUAUAGUAUAUGGUUUGAUUUUUUGGUAUUUGGAGAUUUCCACACUUAUCGGUCCAAUAGUGUAACAUUUGAGAAUACCUUUUUUGAGUUUUGAAAAUAAAACUAAGAUCUUGGUCCCUCCAUUUUUGCUGUAAACAUUGCAAGCUUUUGAGCAAAGGAUGUAACUGGUUUUGUAUUUUAGGAAAUACGGUGGAAAUUGUUUUUGUUUUCUUUUCAAUUAAGUGUUAAGAACGAAGGACACACAUUUCAGAUAAAGUCACUAGGUAAGCAUAACCUUAAUAAUUUCCUAACUUGGCUGAUUUAAGAAGAAGUAACCGGGAGGAAUGAGGUCAAUCAAAACCUAGAAAGUUAACGUGAAGAAUUAUUUGCUCUUUUAUAAUCAGGAUUUAUACGUACGAACAGACGAGUGUUGAUUGCAAAUAAUUUGAAGUUUGACCACAUCCACAAGUCCUCGUGAAGCUUAAAAUGGACUAGUUGGUAAAGCAACAGGCAUGCGAAUGUCUUAUAAUCAUUUGAAAUUGUUGACGUACAAAUUGUAAAUUUCAAAGGUAGCGAUUGUAUAAAUAAGAACGAGAUUUUGGGAUUGCAACUUGAAACGAUGUAUCAUUUCGAGCACCACUCAAAGGAGCGACUUUUUUUGUUCUUACAGCGGGCUUUGCGUUGGAUAUGUUUUGUAAUUACUCCCAAGAUAUACAGGGUGUAUCAAAAAAAGUAUACACUUAGAGAAAUGUAUAAAAAAAAAAAAGGAUGUUUUAUAAUUUUUCAAAAAUCUGUCACGAAAUAUUGAUGGACCAAGGUCUUACGCAAAGAAAUGGUGGCCACGGCGAAGACUGAAUCGUGCAUGCAUGAAGUGCAAACGUUGCAUUCCCUCAUGACGAGUACCAUUAGGCCUAAUCAUUGACUUGUAAGGUCAUGCUGUUGUAACACUCAUGUGUACACUAGUGUACACUCAUGCGGAACAGCUGAAGAUUGACAUGGUGGCAAUUGAAGCGUAAGACCUUGGUGCAUCAAACUUUAGUGACAAAUUUUUGAAAAAUUAUAAAACAUCCUUUUUAGAUAUAUUUCUCUAAGUGUAUACUUUUUUUUGAUACGCCCUAUAUUGUGUUUUGCAAGCAUUCAAUGGCAUGGUUGUAUGGCACCUGUACAAAAUUACCACUAAAAUUAAGUCUCCGAAAUGCUAAAUUUCAGUUAUGAGUGAUGUAUCUGUAAGAUGAGUUUUUAAACUCCAUAGGACUGUUGUUUGGUGUUAUUGAGUUUCCAUGGUGUGGUCAAAGGUCAUUAAUACAAAGCAACGUGUAAACCACUUUAAAAGUUUUGAAGUUGCUGCACGUUUUAGUUGGUGUUUAAUAAAAGACAAUUGUAAUGUCGAAAAAUUGACUUUUGUUCAUUAUGAGCUUUAUUGAUAAAAUGUUUCGUAGAAUUUCUCUGGAAGAACACGAAUUUCAAAAAAUUCAAUCCAAAUCUUGAUUUGGGUUAUUUUUUUUACCCAAAACUAUGUGGUUUUUUGUUUUAAUUGUUUUGGUUUCUAUCACGUCCGCAUAUUUUCGGACGUAAUAGAAACCAUGUUUGGUUUCUAUUACGUCCGCAUACAUUUGCAAAAUUUCCUUUUAAUUUGUUUUCCCUUAAUGGCAGUCCUAGUGAGGUUAGUGUGAAAUAUAUUUUUUUUAAUACAAAGCAACGUGUAAACCACUUUAAAUUCUUGCAAUUUAGAGUUUUGAAGUGAUUUCCUAGAAUUUCUGUGGAAGAACACGUAUUUAAAACAAUUCAAUCCAAAUCUUGAUUUAGUUUAUUUUUUAACCCAAAACUAUGUGGUUUUGUUUAUUUUUUUUUGGUUUCUAUCACGUCCGCAUAUUUUUUUCGGACGUGAGAGAAACCAUGUUUUGGUUUCUAUUACGUCCGCAUACAUUUGCAAAAUUUCCUUUUAAUUUGUUUUCCCAUAAUGGUAGUCCUAGUGAGGUUAGUGUGAAUUAUUUUUUUUUAAUGCACAGCAACGUGUAAAUCACUUUAAAUUCUUGAAAUUUAGAGUUUUGAAGUUGCUGCACGGUUUAGUUGGGGUUUAAUAUUCACAAUUGUAAUGUCGAAAAAUUGACUUUUGUUCAUUAUGAGCUUUAUUGAUGAAAUGAUUUCCUGGAAUUUCUGUGGAAGAACAUGAAUAAAAAAACAAUUCAAUCCAAAUCUUGAUUUUAGUUUAUUUUUUAACCCAAAACUAUGCGUUUUGUAAAAUUAUAUAUAUUGGUUUCUUUCACGUCCGCAUAUUUUUUUCGGACGUGAGAGAACCAUGUUUAGGUUUCUAUUACGUCCGCAUACAUUUGCAAAAUUUCCUUUUAAUUUGUUUUCCCUUAAUGGCAGUCCUAGUGAGGUUAGUGUGAAUUAUUUUUUUAAAUGCAAUGCAACGUGUAAACCACUUUAAAUUUUCGCAAUUUAGAGUUUUGAAGUUGCUGCACGUUUUAGUUGGUGUUUAAUAAAAGACAAUUGUAAUGUCGAAAAAUUGA